UACCUCUGUUUGUGUGUUUUCAGCACAUUUUCUACUUGCAGCUUGGAUGUAGAUGCACAUUUGAGAGGUGAUGGCUUCAAAGAGCUCUAAGCCGGCCGCCGCCGAGCAGACCGAGCACCUCAGCAACUGUCUGAAGGUGUUCAUCCAGCGGGACUACUCGGAGGGCACUGCCGUUCGCUUCCAGACGGCCAUGCCACCGGAGCUGGAGGGACGGAUUGAGCCGGGGGUGUUCGAGAAUACGCUGACGACCGUCAACGAGAUAUUCAUGGAGGCGGAGGAGCUGAACUGUGCCACCUAUUGCGAGGGCUGCCUGGCCUGCCUCACUGCCUACUGCAUAUACACCUGCAUGGAUCCCCACUACGACAAGUGCGUGAAGAAGUGCUCGCGCUACAUCGUGGAGCAGAACGAGCGUCUGUGGCUGCCGCGCGGCCUGCUGCUCACCGACCCGAUCGAGCGCGGCCUGCGGGUCAUCGAGGUCAGCGUGCUGAACGAGCCGGCGCCGCAGCGGUGACGGGCGCCCGCCGACGCCGAGGGGGCCGGCUGAGCUCGCCCGUGUGGGUCCGGCCGCAGAGGCGGCAGGUGGCCGACGCCGGCGCCGGCGGCAGGCCGGCUCAGGCAUCGGAGGCGACCUGCUGCCGAGAGGGCGCUAUGGGGACUCCCGCAGCGUGCGCGGCACAGUGCAGGACUGAGCAGUGAAGUGGACUGCCCGAGGGCAGCGCGAAUUUGGCAGGCUGGAGAAGGACAGGCGGCCGCCGCCCGCCUGCCUCGUACCCCGGUCUCCGCCCGUUGGUGACAGUGUUCCUGAGAGGGUAACGAAGACAACAAUCGACUGACUCCUCGUUAGGACGUGUAUAUCUAUAGGUAUAUUAUUUUAGUGGUGAGUUUUCGCAGAUGUCUGAAAAUCGGAUGUUGGCGUCGAUUUAGCCAGUGUGGAAGACGGAAGACGGUGUUGCCAUCAGUGACGGCUCAUUUCCAGCCUGUAACCACAUUUGGAAAGCGACAGUCGCUCGUCUUUCCAUCAGCGGAUAGGCGUUUUGCAUUGUCUCUGGGUGAUCGGCUGGCGCAAAAGGCGACACGUACGCAUUUCGCUGUUCUGUCAUGCUUGCCGCGAGUGGAUGAAAUGGCACUUCGUGCUGUCGUCUUCGUAGCGAACUUGCGCUCCCAACUGGGUAUCAAGCCCUGUUUGGGUAGCUGAUAAGCGCUGGCUGUAUCGCCGGUCAACAUUGACGUCACGCGAAAUGCGCCGGUGCUGGCCGACACGUUAUCAGCCGCGCUGCGCGUCCUGGUGGUCAAUCCCGGCUCUAAUGAUGACUCAGUGAAUGAGUGGUGCAACACCUUACCAAUAGGUGGCAGCACAGGCUUCUCAGAGGUGUGGUCGGCGCCGCUGCGUUCGGCGUGUUCGUUUUGGGCGCCUCGGUCCCGUUGCCCUGCCUGCUUCCUUUGCUACUCGUACGUUCGCUGCUGAUGGUGCGCACCGAGUGGCAGACCGCUUUCUGUCGUGGAAUAUAUGUGUUUCUGGA